AUGAAUAGCGGCAAAAUUUUAAGACAAAAGUUUUAUCAUAACAGACUUCCCUUAGGGUUGGAUUAGAAUUUCGAUAGUGAAAGAGAGUUCUUUUGGUCUGAGAUUAUUCACACAAUUACAUCCAAAGAUGUAGUCAAUCAAGCAGGUAUUGCAGGUAGUAACAUCAAAUAGUUGAUUGUUAAGUUUAAAAAUGUUUAUGGACUCAAACUCGAUGAAUAACAGUUAUUAAUAAGUCUAUUACUUGACAUGUUAUUCACUAGAAAAAAUGUUAGAACUGAUUCCAAAGUUCUUCUCUUUAAUUUCUUGAAUGAAAUGCUUUCAACUAGACCCGAAUUUGAUGAUUUUAAACUUGAUUGGAAAUCAUUUUACGAGUUUUAUCUUUAAGAAUUCCAUAACAACGAAGAAAAGCCUUUCAGAAAUGAAUAAAACAAUAUCUCUUUAUUUUCGGAGUUUAUCGUUUUAGUAAAGAGAUGCAAGUAGUAUUUUGACGUGUCUUCUAUAAAAGAAGUUUAUGAGAUAUUUAAGUAGAAUUAUACUCCAUCAAAGGCAGAUCAUCAUAUGAAUUUGUUAACUCUCUUUUUGAAAAUUGACUAAGAUGCUGGAAAAGAAGUAUAUGAAGAACUCCUAUAAGACUUUGUUUAAUAUUUGAAUUUCUCAUAUUGCUCUAGAAAUACUUUGACGCUCUACAAUAUCAUGAAAAUACUUCGUGAAUUUAAGAGUCUUAAUUGGGAGAAAUAUUACGAUGAAAUUUUUACUUCUAUUUUUAGAAAUCUAAAUAAUUUGUUAAUCCUUGAUACUGCUACUGCUGAAGAAAAUGUUAUUAACACACUUCUUCCUGAAGAGCCUAUUGGUGUAAAAUCAAUUAUGAAACAAAUCCCUGAUUUUAUGGUUCAUCUUCUUCUUCCUUCUACCCACAAAAACUACGAAAUAGUUUGGCAAUAUAUUGAAAGAGUUUUCUUGCUUAUAGACAGAGUAUUCAAUCCUAAUAACAAGUCAGAACAAUGUGAUACUUUAUUAAAGUUAUUCAAAGGUUUUGUUAGAAAGUUCAUUAUUAGAUAUGAUAUGGAAUAAAAGGAUAAGUAUAAUUUAGAUGAUAAAUUGAGCACAGAAGAUGACGAUUCAGAUAUUUUUGAUUUAGAAUACAAUAUUAGCGAUUAUCACAUUCCUGAAUACUUGCAGGAAAAGAAUUAAAAUAAGAGUAUAGCUAAAAAGCAAUUCGAACCAGAAUUCAUUCUAGAUGAAACUUGCAAAGAAAGAUUUUUGGGAAUUUUGGAUAGAUUCUUAAAAAAAUUAGUAUAUAUGGAAGAUGGUUCUCAUAGUUCUUGCAAAAUUUUGCAUUGGUUGUGCUAUUUUGAACCUCAAAGAUAUGCUAUUCCAGUUAUUGAGCAUUGUCUUCAAAGCUUUUCUUACAUGGAAGAAUUAAAUUACGCAACUAUUAAAAACAUUGUGCUUUUUAUUAUUCCAGUUCUUUGUGAUCGCAAGCUUUGUCCAACAGGCUUGAAAUAUAUUCCUUAAUUCCUGAAGACUUCUUUCAAAUUAUUUGAGAAAUAAGGAGUCAAGGAUAAUUUAGAUCUUGUUGAAGCUUAUUCUAAGAUUUUCAUGCUUCUCCCUAUCGAAAGAUAUUAAGACCUCUUCAAAAGCUACAAGGCAGAAAAUCCUGAAAAGUACGAAAAAGACUUUUAAGAGUUAAUUAACGAUCAUAAUUUUGAUGCUAUAGAAUUUAUUUAAUAGUUAGAAAUUUUUGCAAUAAAAUUCUUCAAAUUGAUAGUAGAGAAUAUCGGCACACUUGAUAUGGCUGACAGUGAGAGUUGUACUUUAAUCAUUGAUUUCAAUAACAUUUUCUGGACUUUCAUUGUAAAUAGCUCUCACUCAUUGCGUUUACAGUAUAUUAAUAUCUUAUUUGCAAGACUUGAAGACAAUAUUAUCCCUGAAGGACAAUAAGCCAUAGCAUACCUUUUAGAUUGUUUGAGUUUGGUUGAACCAGAAGUUUUACUGUAAAAGACUAUUGAACUUUUAGAAAAGAAAUUAAUUAAGAAAAGAACAGAUCCAUCCACAAUUGAAAGCAUGAAGAGCAAUGUAAUGUGGUAUUUCUUGGAAAAGAACGAAAACAAAGAUAAAAUUUUAGAAAAAGAAUUUGCUAUUUUUACUGAUACAUCAAUCAAAUACUACGUUAGCAUCCUAGAAAACGCAAUGAGCUAUUCUAGAUCAUAUAUUAUCAAACACUUAGAUUUCAUAGAAACUAUUGCAUUCCUUUGUUUCUUCUAAGACGACUUAAGUGUUUUUGAAAAAUCAUGUGACAUUAUUCACACUGUUAUUCUGACUCUAGGAUAUAUUUAUCCUACUGAUGUUAGCUAUUUAAAUAAAUCAGAACGUCCCACAGAUAAUACUAAAUAUCAAUAUCUUCAUAACUUAGGCAAAACAGAUUUAAACAAAUUUUAACUUGAAUGGUACAACCCUUCAGAAUAAGAAAAGGCCAUCAUUAUGAAAUGGUUGAAUAGAACCCUCUAUGUAGUUAUUAGCUAUUUCUAAGAUAACUACUUUAGCAAGCCACAAUACCCUAUUUUAGACUAUGAAAAAGACUAUGCACUCAUUAUCCAUGAAAUGCUUUUCGAUGAAUCUACUGAUUUAUCAAUUUCUAAGACUUAAAAAGAUUUUUAUAAAGUGCUCUACGUAGCUCUCGCUUCAUUCUCUGGUAUCAAUGUCAGAAUUCCUUUCAUAAAACCAGAUAAUCUUGAUCAAUGCAACGAAAGGGUAAAGCAAUACCAUAAAUUCUAUAAAAGCUUUGAAAGCAAAUUCAUGUUUGAAGAGCUCUCAAAUUGCCGUAACGAAUUAACUGAUUUAUGCACCAAGUUACCUUCCUUGUUCCAUCACACUAAGACAAUAUAAGAUGCUUCUCUUAUUGAAUUAUAUCAAUACAUAAGUCGUGAGUGCUUUGGAGAAUCUUAUUUAAUUGAAGAAAUUAAAAGAUCUAAUGAAAUGAUUGAUGGAUUAUGUGUUUUGAAUGAUUUCCAUAGACCAAAUCUAUUCAAUAAUAGAUUCAGUUUAGCCAGUGAGUGUAUCACCUACUUAAAUGAAAAGAUAGAUAUGUUCUUCUUCUUAAAUCCUUAUUUAGGCAAAUAGAAACUUUAAUUAUUUAACAGUUUCUUUAUUCUGUCAUUCCACCCUACUUACUUAUUCAGAAUGUCAAUUAGAUUUGACCAUGAUUUAAACUUUUCUCUUACUGAAGAUAACGAGUACGAGUCUAUGCAUAAGAAGGCCUUCUAAAUCAUGAACAACUAUAUCUUUAAAGAAAAUAUUUUCUAAAAGGAAGCUACUCCCACUAUAGAAAAAGUUUAAGAACUCUUGCUAACUAAUCUUCGUAUUGAGUCAUUACAAAGAUUCCCAUGCUGCGCAGCUAAUCCCGACUCUUUCUAUUAUAUUUUCAAUAGUGUAGAAAUAUUCGAAAUGUUAGAUAAAAAAAUUUGGUAGUAGAAAGUUAUCGAAUAAAUAAUGAAAACACUUACCGCCAACUAUGAAGAUGCUUAUUUGUUUUCAUAGCUUAGACCAAAUGACAUUAAAAAAUGCACAAUUCCUCCUAUUAUUAAAAGCAAUCCUUAAUAUUACGAGAGUUUGAAGACAAUUAAAAUUGAUAGAGACAGCAUUUCACUUGAAAAAGCUAAAGCAGUUAGGGAAGCUUUCUUAGAAAUUAUAAAUAAAUCAAACAAUAAAAUGGAUGAUCCAAAGACUCAUUGGAAAACAAAGGUUCUGUGUGGACUAUUUGUUGUAUACUUUUUAAAUAUCUUCGAUGAUUUGAACCACCCUUACAUAGCUAGAUUUGCUUAAAUUUCUAUUAAUUUUGCUACAAGCAAGACUGACAUUCAUCUAGCUUAAUAUGGAAGAUCACUUCUUUUCAGAUUAAUUAACAUAAAUAAGAGAAGAGUUGUUAAAAAAAAUUAUGAGCCUAUGCCUGGCUUCUUUGGUCCUAGCAUGGAGGUCGAAGAUUCUAAUGAUGGUGAGUAUACCUUAGAGGAAUUCUUUUAAUAUCAUUUCUUAAAAAGAAAAGAUUUACAAUCGUACUUAAUUAAAUCAAGAGAAAUCGGUACUUACUAUGACUAUGCUCCCCUCUAUAAUAAAUCAGGCUACUAAAUGAAAGAAAGCGAUGGCAUCUACUCCGAAACAAUUAUAAAAAUUCUCUUAAAUGAAAACUUCUUUAAUGAAUUUAUUGAAACAAUAUUUGAAGCAAAAGAAAUUUACUCAAGCGAUAGUGAUGAAUAAGACCAAGAAAACCAACAAAUAGAUUUAAGCCAAGGAGAAGUCUUCGAUUAAAUCUAAAUUUUAUUUAAUUUCACUUUCGAUUCAGAUAAAAAGAAAUAAACCUUAUUCAACAUUAACCUUAAUUUUAAUUUAUUCGAAUUCUACGCACGUCUCUUUAAGAAAAUAUUCUAGGCAGUUGGAAAAAGAUUCUUUGAUGCUACUCAUAAAAAAAUAGAAUCUCUUGCAGAUGACUUUAACAAUUUACCAAGAUAAAGAGUGAUUUCUAUUUAUGUUUGGUCUAUCUUAAAAUGGAUUUAACGUCUCUCUCGUGAAGAAAGAAAGCCUUAUAUGGAUUUCUGUGUUAAUCUUACUUAAGAAUGUAUUGUUAAUUGCUCAUAAGAACUUUUUAGAGACUGGUGCUUAAGUAUAUCACUUGCCUCUAAGAAUAAUUCAUUUGAUGUCAUAGAAGAAUUUGCUUCAAGAAUAUUGGAAAAAUUAAAACACUAAAAGGGUAUAGGCAAAAGAUUUAGAUAUCAUAAACUUCUUAAAACUGUUUUAACAUUAAAUCAAACAUGGGCUAGAAAGUAUUGUUUAGAAGGAAUGAAGCUCAUCAUGGAUGCUGAUGUCGAAGAUACUAAAGAAAGUGAUGAAAAUUGCGAAUUAUUUGCCGAAAUUCUUUGCUCAUGCAUCAUAAGUAGAGUAAAUGUUAAAAAACUCAAGCAAGAAAAAUGGAUUAAAGAAGAUCUUUAACAAUUAAUUGAUGAGAAGAAACUUAUCGUUUAAGAUGACUAUACUGCUUUCGAAAAUAAUAAAUUAAUUACUCAGUUUAUUGAGCACUUAUUUAACAAGCUCAAUAAUGUAAAGAAAGAGUCAAAGAAAAAGCUCUACAGUCACAUGACUUUCAAAGUACUUGAUAGCAUUUCUGUCAAACGUUAAAACGAUCUCUUCUGGUCUUACUUCCGCCCAUUCUUCACAUAUAUUAUUGACAACAAGCCUGAGAAUAUAAACGAGAUAGAAAUAUUGAAGGUUAUGUCAUGUAAUGAGUAUCCUGCUAAUAUAAGAAAGGAUAUCAAGAGAAUUUUAGCUGAAAAAAUUGAAAGUGAAAAUUGGGUCAGUCGCCAAAAAGUAAUUCUCUUCUUAAAGAACUUCUUAUACUUUGAAGAAUAUUAAGAAAACUAAGUUUAAGUUGAUAGUUUGAUAAUUAGAGGCUUAACUGAUAAGAAUAAUUCUGUUUCCUUGUUAGCUGUUGAUUGCUUAAGUGAAAUUCUCAAGCUUGCCACUACAGAUGAAUAAAAUACUAUCUUCUAAAAGUACAAAUCUUAGUCUCAAUCUCUUCUUCCUAAAGACAAAAACUCUGAAGAAUACAAAUAACUUACUGAUUAAAAAUAAAUUGCUGUUUAAGUUUUAAUGUCUCUCCUUUUGGCCUUCUAAGAGGAUAUCCUCCCCUGGACCGAGGAAGCCUUAAGAGAAGUUAUUAACUCUAAAACAUUAAAUGCAAACAUGAGAAAAAAAGUAAAGGAAUUUGUUGGGUAAUAUUGGAGAGAAUAAGAUGAAGUUAUAACAUUUAAUUCUUUAUCUUUAUCCGAAAAGAUAAAGAAACAAAUCAGAGAAAUCGCUAACCCAUACGAUUAUUUUGCAUGA